UCUAAUGAGUCAAGGUUAGAGACAUCACGCUUCAAGUCUCCAAUCGCCGAUCUCCUGUUCGACUACUUUCAAUUUCAUAUCUUGCCCCUUCGUUAAUAAUCUGGCCCUCAGGACAUCUACUCUGGAUUUCAAAUGCAAAUGCUACGAAUUAUGACUGCUUCGUUUGCUCGGUUGGGAAUUAUUUUUCUUCGUUUCUGCGCGAGGUCGUCGUAAAAGUGGCAAGACCAAUCACCUGAUCUGAACGGAUACAGUAUAUUCUGUCAUUUUAUUGUCAACACAGUAGAAAACAGCGGUUUCAACGGUUUGCGGGAAAGGAUCCUUUUCCUAACUGACAGUAACACCGACAAUAUGAGAGGCAAGUCGACUGUAAAAGCCUAACUGUGCUUUGCUUUUCACUACAGGUGUUUUUUAUAACAUAGUGGUGGGGCGGUGACUUCUCAUAACUUAAAUUUCACGCUGGUUUGCAAUAUUUCGAGCAACGAUGGUAGGUUGUAAAUUUCAUAAAUUUUGCUGUGGGUAGAUUGCUAAUGAAUUUGGCUCAACGGGGGGUGAGCAGAAUAACUUAAAGAACGGUAGCAUAAUAAUAAUUCACUGAAAAAUUUAAAUGUUUGCACCAUAAAUAUGGCUUUAUGACUCCUCUGUUGUCCUUUUCACGUGAUGCGUAUUAAAAAGUUUUGUUUCUGAGUAUUAAAAAUUCUCACAUUCUCGUGGCAGAUUUCUCAAAGGACCUCACAAAGCCAUGCGAUUAGUUCACAAUUUUUUUACAUUUGCGGAAGUGGAAAUUAAGAAUAGCUCUUUUGUGAAAUACUAAAAUGCGCUUCAUCGCCAACAGAGCAGCCAUUAGCGCAAAUAAAAUCGACGAGAAUUUUAAUUUACUGUUUUACAGCCUUCGGUAUACUGGAAAUCUUUGAGGAUGGGUAUUAAAGACUCGUGUAAUAAAAACGUUUGGUUAAUUUGAAGAAAAACUCAAAACUGAAGUACAUUUUCCCUUAAUGACAGAACGUAUAAUUCGGACUUUCACAGGGUGAGAUGUUCUUUGCACGUCGACUAUGAUCGAAUGUUAACCGCCGGACCGUGGCAUGUCGCUUUGUGAUAAUCCUAGCACCUUAUAAAGGAGAAUUUUGUUCGAACGAUCGACGCCUACUGCUGCGAAAUUUCCUUCCUUCCGACCAAAAAAUCCCAAGCUGACCGAAUUUUCGUAAGUUUUAAUAGGAUUCUCUAGAUCACAUCAAUUGUCGUCUGUGGAUGUCACUCGCGAUAUUAUUUCUUCAGUUAAUCAUGAGCUUCAAACAGUUAUUAUUCGGAAGUGAAGUAAUUUAUUAUUUCUCGCCUUUUCAUCUAAUGUGUUUUCUUUUCGUCUCUUGUUCUCGGUUCCGCAUUCGGAACAAAUACCGAACGCUUACAAUCACAGUCUUCGUAUUCGAUUCAUUUCUCACCGAUUUUAUUGUUAAUAUCCUAGGUUUUGGAAUUGGAAAAUCGUGAUAUGAUAAUUUGUUAGCAUCGGCCAUGGCAGGAAUCUUUGAAGCUGGAGAUAUAGUCAAGUAUGGUGAAAUGAUGAUCAAGAGACCUCCAACCCAUGCAAAAGUUCGGAUUAAGGUAAUUGAUUUUUAGUAGAAAUUAACGUAAUAUGUUUAGUGAAGUCACAAGUCCAAUCACGUGGACUUCUAACAACUUCUAGAUACAAAUUUGCCAUUUUGUUUUUGCAUGCAAUAUCGAUAUGAGGUAUAUGUGGAAGUUGCAGUUUGGCUAAUUUUUAUGGUCCAAAGCUCUUUAACAUCUAAUCUUCUUGAUCUGUGAGGUGGCAUUGGUACUAUUCUCGCAGAUCAACUUCAUCAAGCCUACAGUACUACUGUAGUUCAUUGCUAAGAAACAGGACAGCCUCUUUUAUGUUAACGAUGUUUCGCCACCCACUUACUCAUGUAAUUGGCUGUCAAAGGGAUGGCAAAACAGAUGUUCAUAUAAUACCACAGUCAUUACACUCACUGAUGAGCUGCAUCAUGAAAAUGAAAAGUUUCCUAAAUUAAAAGUUUUUGUUAGUGCUAUAACAGUGUACAAACAUCCUUAUUAGCGAAACAGUCAUCCAGGACUUCCCUCACCAAAUUUUUUUGGGUACAUUAUACAUGAAUGCAGAAAGGUCUAGACACAGCUGUGUUAUGGAUAAUAUUGUUUGGUUUUUUUCACCACAUAAUUAUCACGUAAGCAGUUACAUGUAUUGGGAAGAAGACACACAAAAUCAUGCUCAACAUGAAAAUUAAAUUAUAAAUUAUGACUCGGGAAUGUUGAGAAAUUUAAGAUUUACAUUCCCAUGUGUUUAAUAUAAUUUGUGUUAUACAGACAGACUUAUGUUGAAUGCAUGAACACCUUAAGGUUAAUGUAAAUAAAGGCUUGAAAAACCAAUGCAAAAACCAUGAACAACCGUUGCUCAACGUUGGAUCAAACAAGAUCGUGAUCAGUCGAAAAAGAUAAAAAUAAAAUUAAAGUAAAAAAGACUACUACUGCAAAGACUGAUCAAACAAUGUGAUUUUAAGCCUAAGGUAUACAAUAUUUUGACUCGCCAAUACCAGUCUUCAUCAAGUUUAUUAGGAAAAAUCAUGAAUAUAGAGAAUAUAUACUGCUAUGAAAUAUUAUAAAAUAACUAAGAUAGUGCGUGCGUUCUGAUUGGUUAAAAACCUAUGGUUUAUUGUGCCGGUAAACUCAUAGACAACUUAAAGUUAUUUUAUAAAAGCAAGAGACCACACUUUCCAUGGGUUUACCAGCGUGAUAACACACUUGGGAUGUUGGGAGAACACUCGAAAAGCUUGUAAAUCACUCGCCUUCGGCUUAAUUACAUGUAAACUUCGGCCUAAUUACAUGUAAACAGCAACUUGAAAUCUUAGCGACAGCCCUGCUGUUUUGUAACUCAGACUCCCCACUAAUUAGAGAGAUUUGGUUUUGUCUCAUAGACAUUUACUUUAUCAGUUAACUAGAACUCAGUUGUUAAACUCAGAUUUCCCUCUUUAUUUCAAUGUAUUUAACUUCCCUUUUACUGCAAUUUUCAUGAGUAAAUUAUUCCAUGAUAAUUUAACUCUGUUUUAAGAAGUCACUCAGUAACUGGAACUCUUAAUUAACACAUUACAAUACACUAAAUAAUGUUUCACGAUCUUUCAAUGUGUAGCUCAUAAAAGCUAUUCUUUUGUCCUCGAAAUUUUCCUAGAAUUAGAGGAGAAAUUUCAAAACAGAACUUUCAUUUUUAGAAGUGAACUGAAAACCAAACUGAAUGGAUGAAUAUAACUUGCAAUUAUGAAACAAAUAAACACAAAAAAGUAUAUGUACAUGUAAUUAGUCAUUCACUAGUAGGGCUCAAAAUGAAUUUGGGACUGUUACCAGUCGUGUUGACUGGCCAAAGGAAUUUGAGCUCAGUCAGAUCUCUCUUCUGACCUGUCAAAAUUUUAAAAAUAACACCAUAAUAAUUUGAACAUGCUAGCCUAACAAGCAAAGACAUACCGGAUUGAAAAAAGAUGCUGGUCCUCUUAAAAUGUAAUGUGUGAAAAUGUGGGCCGCUAAACGUGCUGAUCCGGUCAAAAUGACGAGCAAAGUGAAAGUUUGUCUGGACAAAUGGUCGUCUUGGUCAGACACAAUAAUUUGUCCAUUGACCAGCUGUUAUUUUGAGCCCUGACUAGCAGGGGUUUCUUAAAGGGAAGGGCACCUGGCAAAACGUGACUUUUCCCAGCUGCUUAACAUCUCAAAGAACUUUUUAAUACAAGGAACAAUAAACGUCAAAUUUCCAAUUUAUCACAUGUGGCAUCAAAUCCCUUUGUUUGUUAUGUGUUAAAAGCAAGAAUCACACCAUAAUGCAUCACAAAAAGAACUGUGCUCCAUGAAAGACCAUCUGAAAUGUCUCAGUGUUGUGGGAACAGGUGUGAGCCAAGGCAGCCCAGAAACGAACGCAUGAAUUUUGAUCGCUGAGUAUUUUUCGUUUUCAACCAAAUUAUACCAAUUUAUACCACAUUAUGGCUGAGAUGCUGACAGUCAAGUCAAGUCAAGUCAAUUUUUAUUUAAACUCACACAGAAUAAUAAUAAUUAAUAAAAAAAUUAGUGCUUUAAAAUAUAAAAUUGAGAGAUUGUGAAGGGAAAGAAAAUUUCAAUUGUACGUUCUUUGUGCAGAGUUUGGGACACCUAAAUAGUUCGGGGAACUAACCGAGUAGGUGACCCAAACAAGAAUAUGAGUAGAAGGAAUAAUUUAUAGAUGCAAAAUAGUUGUUUUAGAUAAAAAGUAUUACUUCAUUAAUUAAAUAGUAGUUAAGAUAAUAUAAUCGUAAAACAUUAGGAAUCAAUAAUAGUAUUAUAACUAUCAAUCAAAGAAUUCUUGAUAUGUUGAUGAAAACUGGAAAACGGCUUGAUUUUCUUAACAUCAAUAGAUAAAGAAUUCCAAAGUUUUGGACCAGUGUAACUGAGAGAACGAAUGCUGUAUUGAGUGCUAUGAACAGAUUUAACAAACAGAUUAUCAAUCUGUGAUUGACGUGUAUUAUAUGAAUGAAUUGACAGUGACUUAGAUAGGUUACAGCUAAGUCUAUAAUCAUUCUUGUUUGGUGUGACACUAAAUACUAUUUAAAAUGUAACAAUAUGUUAAAAAGAUUAUGAAAAAGUACGAUAAAGAAAAACAUACUGAUUGCCCUGAUGCAAAUCCAUGUCAAUGGGUCUGAAGUUGGUACUAAUUAAAGAGAACCAAUUUGUGUGUUGGAUAGUUGGUAUCAAAUCAUGAUUAAAUUGUCUAGAAAAUUUAUCUUUUUUGGCAGUUGAAAGACAUUGUCUGCAGGUUCAGAAUACACAAAAACACAUCUGUGCAACUAUAGAAUUUCAAAAUUUUCCAGGGGACCGUACAGGUCUUGCCAAUUCUUUGCCCAAGCGUCAAAUCCAUUUGCCCUCCUGUUGAAACGUUAAUGAAACCCCUUUAACCCUUAGAUCAGUCAAUUUAACUGACACAAAUUUUUUUCCACUGGUAUUUUGAAGAAGAGGGUCUUAUUGUACAUAUUUCUGUAAUCACAAGUUAAUGUCUUUUUUUCUUUUUCUUUAAGGCAUGGCAGUCUAAAUUCUUUGUUUUGCGUGACAAAACACAAGAUUCUUGUCAAAGACUUGAAUACUACAAAGAUGCGUCGGCAUUUGAAUUUCAUAAAUCAGCUGAACAUUGCAUCUACUUAGACAGCAUUGUUUACAUUGGUGAAACGCAAAGCUCUAAGUCACACUGCCAUCCACUGAUGGUCGUGUGUAGCAAACAAGGACCCUUUACUCUGGGCUGUGACAAUGAAGAAGCUACAGCAGACUGGAUACAUGCAUUAAAUAAAGUCGCUGUAAAAGUGGGUGGGAAUGGUUCGUCUGAGAUGUGGCAGUAUGCAAGUACAGAUGACAGCCCUGUAAAUACUCCUGAGGUUUCAAGGCGUAUUUCUCAUGAAAACUCCUCUGGAGUUCCUCACAACUUAGAAGAACAAGGUUCGAUAAGGAAACUUUCUAGAACGAGAACAAUCAACUCAUCAGCUAAUGCAGGUAAGACAUAAGACUUUUAUGUCAUGAAGUUUUAAAAACUGGGGGUCCAUAUUAUCAUUUUUUUUUUAGGUAAUUAUGCAGGUAUCAAUGUUUAGACGGAGACAGGGGUACAGGCAUGGGUGUAACAUUUGAACACUUCCUUUAUCCCAUAUUUUGGGAUUGUCACCACAAAUUUUGUCCUAGACUGCAGACAUUUGAAUUUUACUGUGCAGAGAUCUGGGUCCUUCAUGUAAAUUCAUGUUUCAAGACGUGCCAUCUCGGAAAAGUUGUAGAUCGGUACAUGUAAGUGAGUAUAAAUAUGUCAAGUUAUUACUUUUUUUGUAAUGCAAUACCAUUACAGCUUUCCAUCUUGUAUUGAGUGUAUUAACUUAAAAGUUGUUUAAAGAAUAUUGCAAUUCAAUUCUGCUUAAACCCGCUCCUCCAAAUAUGAGCCCCCCGAGGGCUUGUACUUGGAAUAUUUCCAUCAAAUACAAAGUAAAACAAAGCAAAAACAGUAAAUUUACCUUCAACUAUAAGGCUAGCCCAAUCGAUUUUGAGACGCAAAUUUCCCUCCAUAGAUAAGCCCCUCCGAAUAUAAGCCCCUCAAAAAGGGCCUUUUUAAAAAUAUAAGCCCCAGGGCUUAUUGUCGGAAUUUUACGGUAUGUUGGUGACCUAAAGCCAGUUUAUUCACAUGGCGUAAGCAAAGUAUAAAUCAUCUAGGUUUUUAACAGCCAUAUGGAUUCAAUUUUGGAAUAUUUUCAUGUGUAGUUGGGCAGACUUUAUACUUCUUCAAUCUACAUGUACCGUAUUUUUUCGCUCAUAAGGUGCAGCAUUUUUUCAAUGAAAGUUUACUUGAUAGCUCUCAAUCUGUUGUAAUUUCCGGGUGUGUCUUAUAAGCGAGUAGCUUUGGGGAACAAAACAAAAUUGAUCAAAUUCUUGACUCUAAAAGCUCUAGCUGCUCAUCCUCUUCUUUGUUAUUGGUUUUCAAUGACUUCUACAUCUUCUAAAGCUGGUAUUAAAUGAUGAAUAAAUCCUUUUCCAUUCGAAAAAAAUCAUCUGGCAUCAAUCAUUUUGAACUGAAUGUUGAUGCUUGGUAACCAGGCAAAUUUUUGAGCCUGUGCUUGAUCCAACAGUCAUUUCCACACUGCGAUCUUGCACUUGUUUCAGACCUUUAUUUUUCAAAGAAAGCUCCCAAAUCUGUUAAUAGAAAUGUGAGAGCACUUUUAUCACAGUUAUUUUGAUAAACGAAGGCUUAAUUUUACCAGAUUUGGUACAAAAUAUUCAGACUCAUGUAUUAUGCGAUCGAUUUUAUCUUGAUACUAGCGAUGCAUGUACCGAAGUCAAUAUGCUGCAGCCAAGCCAGCUGACUUGUUUAUGGAACAAAAACAGAUUCCCUUAUUAUUUGCAGCUUUAGAAAAAAUGCUUUUUGUUUGAUAGGUGUAAUUUUUUUGCUUUUGAUCAAAAUAUGUAACCUUUUACGCUUUUGUUCACACAGGUAAAUGGCUGUAAUCAGCCUCAUUGGAAAGGGUGUUGUUGUAGUUAAGGUGAAGAUCGCCAAAAUUCGUGGCUGCACCAUAUAGCCGGGUAUUUUGGCUUAAUUUUCAGUUUGUCAACUUAGAAAAAUUGCAUUGAAAAGUUUGGGGUGCAUCUCAUAACCAAAAAAAUAUGGUACCUUCGAUAAUGUACAGUAGUUGGAAAUGUACAUUUCAAAUUUCUCUAUGUUUGCUUUUAAUACAUGUCAUUACACAGUUUUGUUAUCCCCAGGAUGGGAUAUUUUAUCAGAUUUGAAGUACUGUAAAAUUCCGAAAAUAAGCCCCUCCAAACAUAAGCCCCACAAACUCGUAACGCAAAAAACCCUCCGUUAAAUCACCCCUCUGAUUGUAAGCCUUCAGGGAUUUGUACUUGGAAAGUACCCUCAAAUACAACAUAAAACAAAGCAAAAACGGUACAGUAACAUAAAUUUUUGUAUUUGCCAAAGAACUAUCACGUGUGUGCCAAGUGUUUGUAGUCAGAAAGUGUCACAGUUAAUUGCUGUUUGUGUGGUUCCUCUUCACUCUUGGCUUUUAUUUCCUCGGUCCAUAUUGACAAAGUAGUGGCAUGGCUACGUUUCAGAAAGGUCUAUGUCCUGAAGGCGAGUUUUAGUAAAAACUUUUUGCAAAUUACUGAGGUAAAUUUCCUUUCAACUAUAAGCUAGCACAAUCGAUUUUGACACAAAUUUCCCUCCAAGUAUAAGCCUAGCCGAUUUUGAAAUGCAAAGUUCCCUAUGUAUAUAAGCCCUUCCGAAUAGAAGCCCCUCCAAAAAUAAGCCCCUGAAAAAGGGCCUUUGAAAAAUAUAAGCCCUGGGGCUUAUUUUCAGAAUUUUACAGUAUUGCCAGUCCCAAGGGUUGGGAAUUUGACCAAAACAAAGGCAGAAAAAUUCAAAUGCCACACCUAUACCCAAACCCCCCAUCUCCUUCCAAACAUUGAUACCUGCAUUAGUGCUCUAGUGUUUUUUUUUUUAAUUAUACAGUGUAGAUCAAACUUUUUUCAUUGUAAUAAAGUCGUGUCUUAUUUUUAAUUUAAAGGGCAUCAUACAUAUAUUUGUCUUCAUUUGCUUUUAAAAAAGAUUUCUUAUAAUGAAUUUGCUGAAUUUGUUAAAAAUGGUCAUUUGCUAGGUUUCUUUUGCCAAGCACAUGAUAUUUUCCCAGGGCACACUGUGUCAUGUUAAAUGAACAAUGGAAAAAUAAAUGUUAUUACAUGAUGCUUUAGUCUUUAGAGGAGACAGGUUUUAUCUUUCUAUUUUCUUGUUAAAAAGAUUUCUUUUCAUAGACUUCCAUUACCAGAACUAUCAUAGAAACUGAUCUGGGUCAUGCAAAAAAAAAAAACAGAAUUACUUGUAAAAUUAAGUUACAGUAGCCUGUGCAAGGCUCCCGGUCUGUGUUGACCAGGGAAAAAAAGCAAACGAGCGAAAAAGUGCAGGAAGAGAGUAUUGGAGAACCUUUAAUAUAAGCAUCUUUUUAAAUAUAACCUCAAUCUGCCUGCUACCCCGAGCACUUCCUGAAAAAGGGUUUCUUGUGUCAAAAUGUCAAACGUCAAGACGUCAAAAGGUGCAGCAUGGGAGGGUUUCACAUGCUCAGCAUGUUUGUUAGACUCUGUACAUGCAAAGCCAACUGGUUGACGUGAGUGUCAAAGUAUACUGUCACAAUUUACCAAUCGUAGGGUUUACAAUGAGUUGAUAUACUGGAAUGAGGUAUUGAAAACAAUCCUUACAGGCUCCACUACUCCGUCUCUCCCCAACACCUAUGCGAUUUAUGUGCAACUUUUCUUGAUCUGCUUUUCUCUCUCUCUUGGAACCUGGAACAAGGCUGAAGUUAUAGAAAUUAAUACGUUGCUCUGAUGAGGGUGUGGACUGUAAAUUUUGAAAGACCAAACCCACCCUCAGAUUGUGAAAGUCCAUGUUUAUGUAUACCACUAUAGGUAAGCCGAUUUUGUGUAUUGUUUGAUUCCCAGGUUUUUUUGUUACCACGAGGCUGACUCCUUUUUCAGAGCAGAAUAACAUCAGGGGGGACUACAUGUUAUGCAUUUCAGAGGGGCAUGUGAUCCUUAAGUCUGUUGACAAAACUGUUACUAUUGUGACUUGGCCUGUGGGUCAUCUGCGAUCAUACUUAAGUGAACCUGCCAAGACUGCUGGUGACAAGGACAUGCAACUUCUUACACUGAACGCUGGGAGGUAAUACACAGCUACUUAUUUCUACUUGUUAAAAAAAGGUAAAGGCCCACACCCUGUGAAGAGAGACGAAGUGGAGUAAGUUCCUUGUUUAAGGAAACAAUGUGAUGGGUGAGGCAUGAACCCUGGACCUCCAGAUCCAGAGUUCAAGGUGUUAACCACUCGGCGACAUACACCUCCACUAUAUACACUUGUGCCAGAAAGGCAAUAGAAGUGUCUGAGCCACUGUUGCAAUUAGUUUUGAUGUUACUCUUUGAAAAUAAGAAACUUUUCAAUUUCAAAGUUGAUUUAAGCUGAAAGCAAGCAUCUUAAUUAUCCAGCGUAUCUGUCAAUUCAGUUGUUUUAAGGAACAAUAAUUAACAAUUGAAGCAAAACUACAUUUCAGCCCAUCAGUAGCACGUGGAGAUACAUUUGUUUAGACCUAUUGUUCUAAGAUUCUAGAGAAGUUGAGUAGUUUUGGGUGGUAAAUCGAGUACAUAGUGAUUGUGGGAGAGAUAUGUGUGUAAAAUCCACGUAACUGUGAGUGUUUUUUUAAUCUUAAUAUAUCAGGAAAUUCAUUGGGUUGGCAGCAAUUACAAGAUUGCCAACACCACUUAACAUGGAAAAUGGUUUCAGAAAGACAAGCAAGUUCUGUUUAGUAUAUUGUGAUGUUAAAAUAUUCAGUGGCUAAGAAAAACUGUGUCCCACUUAAUAAAUUUUUCUCUAUUAUUACUAAUUACAGUGAAACUCACAAAACCUGUGAGCACCAGAAAUUUUUUAUGAAAUGUUAUUGUGCUGUGAGGAAAUAACCAAUAGGGCGUGAGAAAACUAAACCGCAGAUAGCAAUGUUUUAUAGUUUGGGGUUUUAAGGUUUGCUCACGAGUCCUGAAAUUAAUUGUGAUUAAUCACUACACAAUCAACAUUCCUGAAAUGUUUCAGGUGUUCUCAGUUUUCUGAGUUUGUCAGUAAUAAAUAUAUUACUGUUAAAAUAAUAAUAAUAAAUAACCAUUUACCUAAUCCAGCAAUUAUAAAUACCAGUUGAUGCUAUAGUAACGGUAUCAAACACAUGCACAAUACAUUCUUGUAUAGUUACAUUCUUGAUGCAAGGUCGGUAUGACAACUUGUCAAAAGUGCCCUUAAUUUUAAGCUUUAAGGGCUUAUCAUAAAGAAAGGGGUUAGUCCAGUGAUCCCCAUUUUUGUCCCUAAAUUGCGAGAAGCCUGUUAAAGUACUCCUUUUUGCUAAAGUUUAAAACAUCUGCAGCUUGAGGUUCAGAGCCACUUUAACUUUUUGGAUAAUUUAAAUUUAGUGUACACUUGAACUGUUCAUUUUAUUUUAUUAUGCAUUUGGAGAAAUUGCUUCCUGGCUGAUUUUAAUCAAUGAUAACAAAAGGUUAAAUUUAGAAUGCCCUCCCACCAAUAAAUCCCGGCAUCGACGCCAUAUGUGGGUUGAGUUUGUUGUUGGUUCUCUUCCUUGCUCCGAGAGGUUUUUCUCUGGGAACUUCGGUUUUCCCCUCUCCUCAAAAACCAACAUUUCCAAAUUCCAAUUCGACCAGGAAUCAGGUAGAAGAAGAACCACUAUGUGGAUGUGCUACAUGUACCUCCAAAUCGUUAUUUAUUUAUUUACAAUGCUGUUGCUUUGAUAACUUUUAGUGUAAACAACAAUGAUCUCAACUUGUUCAACAAUUUUUUUAUGUAGCCUUCGAAUACAGCCGUAUCUCCUCACUCGCUUGUUUAGCAGCGAGGAGCGAGGACAGACGGCUCUUUUCGCUGGCUAUUUUUAACGCCACUAAUAUAGCAUCAGAAAAAAAUUUUGUUUAUUGUUGCAAGCCAUCUUAAACUUCAGCGGUUGUGGAUUUUGUGGACAGCUGCUCAUGGGAUCUUGGAAGGGUAAACACUGCAGAUGUAGAAGUGCUGAAACUUUGAUGUUGUGGCAGAGGCUCGUCCGAACUGCUUCGCAUGAGGGAGGUGGGGAGGGUAAUCAUGAAAAUAUUGUAAAUGGGGUGGAGCUGGACAUGCCUAUGGCAAGCUAAUCAUUGAUUGUGACAUUUUUAAUAUCCUUUUUAUUUACUUCACAGACGCUGCGCUACUGGUGAAGGGAUUUUUCAGUUCCUCACUAAACAUGGCGACACCAUCAUCGAUGAAAUCCGUCGGCAAUCACAGCACUUAUUUCAGUCAGCAGCGCAGAAACGUGAGGCAUUUGUCCGAGGCCAGUCAUUAAACGGCAGUGACCCUAGAAUUUCCCCACCCUCUCAUCCCUCAAGAAUCUCACGGACCAAUACUGCACCCCCUGAAAAGCUGACCAGGAUUUUGGCAAAGAAGGACAGGAUACAUUUGGCUGAGAACCCCAAGAGACUACGCUCUGAAACGGAUCCUACUGCUGACCAGAAAUCAGAGAACGAAAGUAAUGCUGUUACAGUGAACGGGGCACCAAAUGGGUCUGCCUCAAUCCUAGGCCUUCGACCCCGAUCAGCAACUGACUCCUCUGUUGAGAAGGCUGGAGACGAUGAAGUCUUUCUCACUCAGCCCACGCCGUAUUGUGAAAUUAAUGACGGCGUCCAAGAAGCCACGGACACCAGCGAGGUUAGUGCUUACAUAGAUCUGCUCUCAGAUAGCACCGCUGAGCCAAUUCACAUCUCAGACCCAGUUCACUCACGGAAAAUGUCCAACGAGUCACUGACAAGCACGAGUUCGAUGACCAGUGAAGAUGGGAGCAUGCGCAAUAGAUCUUUGCCCAGGAACCUUUCAAGUCCGCAUUUGAUUCCUGAGGCCGAUGAGACGGACGCCGAGGGAUACAUCAGAUGUGAAGCCCUGCAAACAGGACCCGGGGAAAAAGAACUUGAUGGAAACGGAAAUGUUGUUAAUGUUUUAGCGUCUGAAAACGCGCCCGAAAAUCAGAUGUCUAAUUUAUCAAGUACUAAAAGACGAAGCCUCCCAAGUUCUCCUAAUGGUGUAACCACGGUUAAAACUGGCGGCUUAGAACUCUCACCAGCUAACGCCAGGAUUAAUCGAAAAAUGCAGGAGGAUUUGGUUGCUCAAAUAAAGGAUCCUAAUGUUGAAACUUUCCCGCCAAAACCGAAGUUAGAGAGGGAGCGUGCGCUCAAGUCCGAAGAUGUUUUCCCGCCAACUCAGUCUAACAUGGACAACGAAGGGUUGAAUACGUCUUUAGUCGCCGCUGGUCAAGUCGAUGCAGCGCAUGCGUUAUUAGAACAAGCCAGAGAUCCCGAGUCCUCUAAAAAGCUCUUAGAUCAAAUUAUCGCUCAAAUGGAAACACCCUUACAGCAUGACGUCAGCGAACUUUUCCCUGCGGCGACACGGAAACGGAACAGUAUUGGAGCAGUACCUUCAGAGGCUGUCCGCGCUGACCAGGUCAAAAGCAAGGGAGGCUCCCCUUUCAAAAAACACACUGUGAUUGAAAAGAGCAAGUCGACUUGCGAAGGAUUCUUUCCGCGUGCACCUAGCCCCGGGCCUCCUCCUGUUCCACUUCGUCCAGAGACUAUGGACAGGAGAAAAGCGUGUUUGUCUGUGGGCGACAUCUCUGAGGAUUUACAUAAGCGGCCGGACUUAAUAAACAUGCAUCGCCCGUCGUCUACGUUUUUCGCGAAAGGCCUGAAGAGUGUUAAUCCUCAGACUCUGAUGUCGCCGAUAAGGGCCAACUUUAGCGCCAGUCAACUCGGCGGUGGCGGCGAAGCUGCAAUACAUGCCCGGCUUAUACAGAACACCGAGAUCAGAGAUGAGCUUGCACAGUUUUCUGCCUUCCGAGCUCAAACUGUGGCUACCAGUGAAGAUAUAUCGACAUGUCCGAUUGGUGAUGGAGGAGGCGCCGCUACCUGUGCAAUAACAGACGAGGUGAUUUUUAACACUACAGAUUCUGGAGAUAAGGUUCGUAAAUCUACCGAGAGUUUAGACGAAGACGUGCAAUGCGACAUGUCGAGACGUAAAGAUUCGAAAGCGAGUAAGUUUGUGAAAAAGGUAAAGAAACUCGCGCCGAAACCGAGGCGAGGGAGCAACGACUCGCGAGAAAAUGACGAUGAUUAUUCGGGCCCUUCGGAAAGACCUCGGAGAGAGUCUCUUUCCCCGGGGGAUGCCUUGGAUUUGCAAGGACGAUUUACAGGAAGCGAAACCAACUCACCAGAAACGUCUCCCAAGAUGAAGAGGAAAAAUUCCAAAACGUCACCCAAAGGUAAAAGAAAGUCAUCUAGUGAAGAGAAAUCGAAGAAAGACAAAGAAACGUCGGCCGCGAAGAUAUUACGCAUUGUAACGAAGGGUGACCAAAAGAAAGAUGAAAAUAAUCAGAAAACCUCUUUUAAGAAGGUCUCAAGAGAGGAAUCGCCAAACAAAGAUGUAUCAAAUGAUAACAUCUCAAAACCUUUAUCUCCUACAAAGUGUAACGCUUCAGGACCAGAAAAUCCCAGGAGAAAAUCUGAAGAUGAAAAUGCAAAUAAAAGUUACGAGAAUUACGAGUAUAUUGACAAACUUCGCCAAAGCGUGGAGCAAGUGGAGCGACUCGCGGAUAGCGGAAGUCUACCCUCAGGCGUUUUCCAAGAGCCUGCACCUGCCAUCCCCCCGAGAAAGAAGUCUGAUCCCCCACCUAUACCCCCAAGGAUACCGAGGUCACCUCCCUCUCCUAAGUCAGCUGCUUCUCCCGUUCAUUCUCCCCCACCUCAACACGCGACGCGUCAGCCACAACCCGCUGUUCCACCCCCGAGGGAAGGAAGGCGACACAGCAGCUCUAGUACAGGCAGACAUCACAGCAGCAGUGGACAGAAGGAUGACUUUUUGCCUCCCCCACCCGUACCCCCACGAAACACCCAGUCUCCGGAGCAUAAGAAAGUACAGCCAGCCAACAAAGCAUCGGCAGCGCGGACACCUGUCAUUCAACUUACUUGUUCGUCGCCUGAAAACCGGGACGAUUCCUCUGAAAGGCAAAAUUCGGGUGAGUGUGCGGCAAUUUCGUUCUAGGGCCCCUCCACGGGAGGGGCGCCAACGGGGUUUAUAAAAAUGCGUCACUUAUUGAUUGUAGUGACCUUAACGCAACAGGAAGGCAGAAAGAAGAGGAUGGCAAAAAGUUGUGUGUGAAAAACGUGACAGGACAAUUACUUGCAAGUUUUGUCGUGAUCUUUUACAAAAAGACCUGUUAAAGGAAGAUGAAGUUUGGCGGAACAUUUUUUUCAGGCAUAAUUAUUGUCACGCUUGUCACACAAGGUUUGCCGUCUUCUUUUCCCCGCUAUCCUUCUGUGUAAGUUCACUGAAAACAACCCUUAUACAAAAUUUUGGGUGACAAAUAAAGAGCAUUAUGGUAUGUUAUGGUAUUUUCUGGAGUGGUCAAUGACUUAGAACGUGGUUUUGUGAAACACUGGCUAAACUCCGUUUAAAUAACUUGCCCAAUCUUUCUACACACAACGCUCGUCGGGAGGAGCGUUACGUGACGAGGCUGCGAGGGAGAAUAAGGGUGCUCCCGCCUUUGGAAAGAUUUGAUAUUCUUUCUCCAGGUUACAUUUGGUACAUUCCUCCCUUUCCAGUAACUUGCGCUCGAUCUCGACGAUCUUGCGAAAAAUAAUCAAUGUUAUGUCACCGUAAAUUUUGAACAUAUAAUUAGCGUAAAGAAGUACAGCCAGGGAACUUACCGUGACUUGGUUCCUCUAACGGAAGGAGGAAGGGAAGCGGUCAUAACUUGACGGCCAAAAAAGGAGAGAAAAUUGGAAAAAUCAGGGAAAAGACUUGACGUACUUUCUGAGACUAUAGUAGCCGUGUGGUAGUACAUGCUCUGGAAAUUUGGGUUUAAGCUCUGGUGGCUGAAACGGGUUGAGUAUGUUGCAGUUGUUAGAAUAAUGAAACUUAUUUAAGUUUGAAUUAAUAUUCAGUUUCAGAUUCUGAGGAUCCUAAGAGUUGUGCGACAUCCGAUAAGGUAAUGUAUGCAACUGAAUGGCUAGUGUGCCGUUUGUGUCCCGGGGCGGACCUCUAUUAACCCCCCCCCUCCCGGGGGGUGCUUAUUUAUUGCAGACAAGUUUGGGCGGGGGCUUAAUAGAGACGGAGGCUUUUAGAGAGGCGGGCUUCUUUAAUUUAGAAAAGACGAUGGUAUCGGUUCUCCAUAAAGAACUGGAAUGCAAAGUGGAAAAGCUCAAAGUACGAGAAGCCGCCUGUUAGCUCAGUUGGGAGGCGCCGGUCUGCUAAGCGGGAGGUCGCGGGUUCAAACCCCGGCCGGACCAACAACUACGGUCUUUAAAUAACUGAGAAGAAAGUGCUGUCUUUGUAACGACAUCUGCAAAUGGUUAGACUUUCUAGUCUAAAAAGAUAAAAAACCGUAGGUCCCGUCUCACACCACUUUCACUGAUCUGUUCUUGUGGGACGUAAAAGAACACACGCCACUGUUCGAAAAGAGUAGGGGACGCAGACCCCGGUGGUGUGGCCAACCUUUCUUGACGGGUUGUGGGAUUGGGUAGGGAUGGCACCUUGCAUGGGACCUAUGAGUCCCGUUCGUGCCCAUUCCCUCUGGGCAGGCUUGUGUCCAGAAAAGCCGGUAAAAUAAAAAAAAUUUGGAGGUCAUGCAGCGAAGGAUCAAAAACGAGGCCGACCUUCCAGCAUGUGAACAAGCAAUCCCGGAUCAGCUCAAAUGAAGUUUUACAGUCGUGAUUGAUUAACAUAGUCUAUCAUUUAUUCCAAAUCUUAAGCCAGAGGUAAUGAUGGGUUCGUCAAAUUCGGCUGUAUAAAGUACCGUUAAUGCUCGAAUUACACCCUUCCGAUAUCUCUGUAUGUCUUCCGUUUCAGCUGACUUCCUCUUUAAUAAGCUCCCCUCCCCUUUUUUGAGGGAAAGAAUGUUAAUGAGCCCCCCCUCCCCUCCCCACUAUUAUUCUUCCCUAAUAAAUGAUAAACUGCAUUAAUCGAUCACGACUUUAAAACUUCAUGUGGACUGAUCCGUGAUGAUUUAUUCACCAACUGGAAAUUCGGAUUUGUUUUGAUCCUCGGCUGCAUGACCUCCAACUUCUUGUUACUAAAGUUUUCCACCUUGUUUUCUAGUUGUUUACGAAGAACUGAUACCAUCGUUUUUUCUAAAUCAAAUAAGCCUCCCCUCCCUCUCAAAUAAGCCCCUUGUCUCUGUUAAGACCCCCUCAAAUGUGUUUGAAAUAAAUAAGCCCGCCCCCGGGGGGGGGGGGGGGGAGGGUUAAAAGGGGGUUUACGGGUCGGUCUUUGGGGGCUCGCUUUGUCCCCCACACCAAAAAACCCCUUUUUUUUUACGCCUUUUAAUUUGAAAUUUUUUAUUUUUUUUUUUUGGGUCUAAAAACGUGUUUUUGUGAGAUUAAAAAAAAAGCCCCCCCCCCGGGGGGGGGGGGGGGAAGGCUUAACAGAGGAUUUACGGUACGUCAUUUGGUGAUCGCAUUGGUCCGCAACACCAAGAAACUCCUUCUAUUUGACGACUUUAAAUUUGAAAUUGCUGACUUUUUCAUUUCGGUACUACAAACGUGCUACUGUGCCGCUUUCAUCACUAUAAUUUUAUUUAAUUUUCCAGAUUUCAGAUUCAAACCCUCCAAUACUGUCGGACACUCACCAGUCGCCGGAAUCACUGUCGCAUCCAAUCCCCCGCCGGCCACCCAAGGGCGAGCGAAGGACUCAGGCUAAAGAAUAUUUUCGCAGCCAUACCAGUCAGCGUGUUCGUUCUCCCUCGUCAGACUCUGAUGGUGGUGAAAUGGAGGAUAGAGACUUCCCGCCGCAUUCUCCACGCUACGGAAACAUCGAAGAAAUAAGGAUGAAUGCGCAAAGAAGCGAACUUGAGGGAGCUACCUGUCGAAACCACUCUUCUCUAGAAGAAAUUCAUCCUUCGACUCAUGAGAGCGAUGAGUCCAGCUGCGUCAGUGCGUCCCCUGUUGAAAGGAAGAGUUUGGAUGACGGGCGCGUAGUAAAGUCGCAUAGAGAUGCGCUGCGUCUGAAGAUUAACUUGAAGAAGGAGCCCUCAGUAGAUGAAGAUGUCCCGCCCGGAAGCAAGGACGCUGAAGGCGUGACAGAGCAAAAAAAGCCGAAAAGACCUGCUACUCCUUUGAGUAUAAAACGAAACGUAUUUACAACAGCUAGCGUGAGUAUAAACUAAGUUAAGGCCUCAUUCAGACUUAUCCCGAUAUUUCGAAAAACGAUUUUUUUUUCCUGUUGUCAAAAUCGUAGCGUGUUCGAAUCGUUUUCUCCACUCCACAAGAAAACGCUAAGCGUAGUGCUAUUCGUGUAUGAUGCAUGACAUCAUCGUAUUCGAAAACCUCCGUUUUCAUCGAUUCACACGUAAAAGAGUAGCUGGCUUUAUAAAAAAUCUCCACUCUGGAGAACGUUUUUGAAAAUAUGCGUUUUCGGUACACGUGUCCACCGGAUACGCUUGGACAGUAGGCCAACACCGAGAGAAAAAUAUCCUUUUUCAAACAAGAACGGAUAUUUGUCGGCGGGGUCGACACGUAGAAAGCUUGGAACCAAAUCUUGUGACAAGCUUGGUGGGUGAUGUCACAUACAUCACUCGCCAUGAGGCUGGAAAUUUGUCUGUUUUUAGUUUGCGCUUUUUUACAUACGUUUUGAAAGCCCCGAAAUGUCAAUUAGAAGUAAUGUAGUUUUAACUUACAGUUUGUGGCUCAAACAAAGUGGUGUUACCACUUGCAAAAAACGUUUCCAAAGUUCUUUUUGUGAUACUAUUUAUUUUUCGUAAUUUGAAUUUUACUGUUCUAUUUGUUAUAGGCGUUGCCAUAUUUCAGUAUGUUCAGUUUGAUCAAGUGAUGACGAACGAGUGAAAUUAGGAAGUAAUUUCACGUGCGUUUUGUCAAGAAUUCGAGUAAUGUUUUGGGGAAAUUGCUAGAAUUUUGAUAAAACACAAGUGAAAUUAUUUCCUAACUUUACGAGUAAACUAUAACUGUGAGUUUCGACUUGUUCAUGUAUUGAGACCUCCAUGCACUGGAAAGGUAACAAUUUUCUAAAUUUUUCUAAAAAUAACCGGUAAGAAUCCUCCUUGCUGUUGAAAAUUGUGCUUUUUUUUCAUGUGCCAUUUUGGCACGGAACGUUGCCAUAGUAGUUUCGUAAUGUCACAUGUGAAAUUCUGAAUUAACGCUGACAUUUCACGCCAGAAGUAAGGAGUCAUUUCUUAGUCAUGAUAUUACAGGAUUAACAGCUUUGUUCUGUAGAGUGAACUCUUGCAUUGUGUUCAUAUUUGGUUGGCGAUUGGGCAGAAAAACUUUUUUUUGGUGGUGGCCGGGAGGGGGGGCAGGGGAGCGCUUAAAGAUACCAAUUGUUAUAGAGAAUUAAAGGUAAUUUCAAAAAUGGAUAUAAUUUUGCAGUGGAGGUGUUUAUGAACAAAUCACCCUUCUCGUUGUUGGUCGGUAACCCAAGGGGUGCGGCACUCCUUUGUUUGGCCGCCGAACUGGUUAUGGUUUUGAGCGUCAUGAAUCUUAAAUAGGGUAUACAAUUUCACUAUUAUUCGUCUUGAACAGGCUGGCGAUGAGCCAUAAAAUCUAAUUCCAUCAUGUUAGUUUGAAAAAUUACUUAAUUCUGUAGGCAAAAAGAAACUAACCAGGGCUAUAAAAAAGGGUCUUUUUUCUAUAACAAGGUAGUGAUAUGAGCAAUUUUUGUCUACUACUACUACUUGAGAAAUUUCUGCAAUUUGAUUGGCUUGGAGCAGU